AUGAUGAAUCCUCGUGCACCUCGGUCGCUUGGUGCCAUGAUGGUAGAUGAAAAUCGCACAGUUGAACAAGCCGCGUUUCUCAUCAGUAAUGCACAAUGUUUCCGCACUCAACUUUUUAACAAUCUAACCCCACAGGAAAGUUUUUUGGUCGCCAUGAAUUUGGAUCCUGAUGUCCUUGUUGAAGCGGUGGCACGUCGUGCUUUGUCAAGUGGUCUAACACCUGAGCAAGCUGGACGCGUUACUGGCGCCGUUUGGUUAAGUGGUCAAGAUGCAGUAACCCGUCAUCGUGUGGAGAGUGGAUCUUUGGCCAGGACAUACACUUUGCGCAUGGUUCUCGAACCCAAGCCCAUUCCCCCUUUACCCUCGUUAGGUUCCGACGAUGACGAUGACGAGGAGGAUAAAGAGAACUCCAAACCACGUACGAAGAACGUGUGA